AUGCCUCCCAAAAAGGGCCAGCGUAAGUCGAUGCCUGCGCGCAUCAAUAAGGCGCCUACAUUGACACCUUCUCGGCGCUCGCCCCGAGUUGCUCCCCCGUCAAAAAGUACAAAUGGGAGCGUUCAGCCCGCCAAAACGUUGAACCUUACAUCCGCCUCUCCCCCAGACAAUUCUAUCAAUAUUCGUUCUUACACUCCAACCCACACUCCAACCCCAUCUGUUCCAAGUCCUACCUCACGUGGGACAUCUCCAGAAACACCAUCUUCACGCCGGCGAACCUUCCAGGCUCGUCCGUCACGUCUUUCAACUGUUCAUACUCCAGCCCUAGAAGCCCCGGCUACCAACCCGGGGAGUCGACGGACAAGACGAACAGCUGCACUUGAGACGCCGAAGCAAGCAGUUUCGGAUAUCGAUUUUCCAGAUAGUACUGGCAACUGGGCGAUUGACCAGUAUAUGGGCAGCAUUGAAUCCGAAGGAACUGUUGACGGUCCCUCGAGCCCUACCAGUGCUUCCGACAUGCGGAACUCAUCUCGGGUUCGCAAGCCCACCAUAAGGGCCCUUGAGUCUUUUGAGUCAAGUAAGAAGAGAACUCGACGCAAGAAUACGAAUAUGUCUACCCCGACCGUGGAAACACCUGCCCCCGUGACUACCAAGGUUGUGAAGAACAAUGUCUCGAAGAAACACCUGAAGACAACUCGAAAGUCAAAGAGAAUGACCAACUUGAACAUGCGAAAGAACGCCAUCCUGAUCGGUUUUGAUAUUGACCCGAAAGUGGCGGGCAAGAAACUGUAUGACUUGACUGUUAAGGCCCUAAGCCCUGAGUUCACCCUUCCUUUAGAUUUCCCCGCGUUCUGGGAGGAGCAGCGAAGUGAAUACUUCCGUCUCCAAGAUGAAGAGAAAUAUGGCUCCGAGAUUCCUACCACCAAGCCCACCUCGCCGAGCGAUGUUGAUGUUGAUGUCGAUAUGAUCAACCAAGAACCCCCAGCACCUGAAAUCGCCCCUUCUCCUACUCCCCCUACCGCAGUCACCAACGCCCCAGGCAUCCUGGGCUACAAAAAGCAGUCCGAUACCAAGGUCAGCAGCGAUGGCUGGAUUCAGACUGGCUAUGUCAACUCCAGCGGCGAAGAGGUUGCUCUGAUCCCCGAAAAAUGCCACCCUUAUUACCCACCUCAUACCUAUGGGUACGGGGGUCUUCCUUUCCCUCCGGUGCGCGCCAGAACUACCCAGCAAGCCGAGGCCGAUAUCUCUCACAGCUUCGCCCCACUCAUGGGAGACCGUAAUCUCCCCUCCGAGGCGACGAGCCCAUUCGUCACUGAAAACGUGGAGGAAGAGAAGGCCAUGGCUCUUGCUCGGAUGCCUGUGCCAGCCCCUGCCACCAAGAAGACCCGUGGCCGAAAGCGCCGUCAGACCGCGGCUGCAGAUGCCGCCGAUCAGCCUACUGCAGCUGAUCCCGUUGCCACUCCCGAGACUGGUGCACGCAAGUCACAGCGUCGCCGUCGCCAGACCGCUCCUGCCCCUACCCUUUCUUCCACCUCUCUUACUUCUCCUCCGACUACUGCGACAAAGGUCCAGUCUUCAGCCCCGGCUGCCGCCGUCACCCCCGCUACCACCGAAGGUGAUAAACCUAAGGUGCAGCGGCUCCGGUUGACCUUGAAGCCGGAAGCAAAGACUGAGACCUCCGGGAAUGAGGCCUCUGCUUCCAAGCAUGCCCCCGCCGUGCAGUCCCCUUCCUCCCCCGCCCCCUCACGUGCGCCGUCCCCCGCAUUAACCAAAAAGCAACGCCGCCGCCGUCGCGGUGUGAAGCCCCAGUGA